CAAUUUCACCAGAAAAUGAGAUUCAGAAAUUAAUCUGCUCAGAAAAAAAAGAACUUAUUGAUAAUAUGAUAGACAGAAAAAGAACCUGGGACAGACUUUGGUCAUGUCUGCUACAGUUGUAGAGGGCGUAGCUGCCACGGCCCUCAGGUCAGUUCUCCACCGUGUACGGCAAGCUGCCGAGCAAUCCGGUCGCCAUGCUGAAGAUGUCAGGGUAGUAGCUGUAGGCAAAACAAAGCCAGUCUCUCUUAUUCAGGAAAUCUAUGACGCAGGUCAUAGGUGCUUUGGCGAGAAUUAUGUUCAAGAAAUCAUUGAUAAAGCUCCGCAGCUUCCUGAUGACAUUAGGUGGCAUUUCAUUGGGCAUCUGCAGAGCAAUAAAGUGAAGUCACUUCUUGCUGCCAUUCCUAAUCUAGCAACAGUUGAGGGUGUAGACAACACAAAGGUUGCAAAUUAUCUAGAUCGUGAAGUUUCAAGGCUUGGGCGUCCACCUUUGAAGGUGUUUGUCCAAGUGAAUACGAGUGGAGAAGCAUCAAAAUCUGGUGUAGAGCCAUCAGAUAGCAUAGAGCUUGCAAAGCAUGUCAGGCUGGGUUGUCCAAAUCUUGAGUUCUCUGGUUUAAUGACCAUAGGCAUGCCAGAUUACUCCUCAACUCCAGAAAACUUCAAGACUCUAUUCAAGUGUAGAACUGAGGUCUGCAAGGUGCUAGGGAUGGCUGAGUUCCAGUGCGAGUUGUCAAUGGGCAUGUCUAAUGACUUUGAACAAGCAAUCAAGAUGGGCAGCACCAACGUGAGAAUUGGAUCAACAAUAUUUGGACCAAGAGAAUAUCCAAAGGGUCAAUAGAUUUACAACUAAUAGUAUCUUUGCUGCAUCACUUUUGUCAUGCUAUAUUUAUUAGCUUUCUGAUAGAUCCAACAUGUUCAUUGACCUGCAAUCAGUUAAUUCAAUUGAAUUAUCCUGCGAAGACCAGAUGCUUAUGGAUGUGUUGGUACUUGGUACUGGUGUGGUCAC